UAGUUUUCACUCAUUGUAACGUUACUAUUACAUUUUGUUUGUUUUUUAAUAGAAGUCUGAGGUCACGAAAUUUUAAUAAAUUUGUCUCUUGAAAAGAAAUAUAAUAACAAUGCUGUUGGAAACAAUUAUUUAAAGCUACCAUUAUUGUUCAAAAAUGAAUUGAACUCGGAAAUAUUUUGUUUGAUGUGAAGGAACUAUCAUGAUUUAUCAACAGAUAUACGGGAAAACGGACCACGAUAAACUUACAAAUGUAUAAAAAGUUAGAAACGAACUUUGGUCUUACUUUAACUGUGAAUCUGACUAUACAAGCUAACUUCUUGCAUUCCUGUGAUGUAAUAUGAUGUCUGUACAUUAGUUGAAAAUGACAAAUAAUUCAAAUCAUUCUAGACCUGGAUUGCCCGACAGGAUAGAUAGAUUAUCAGACAGGGGAACAAUUGUUAGAAUAGAUAGAUUAACAGACAGAGGAACAAGUGGGAGAACAGAAACGACAGAUACAACUUUAGUACUUCCAGAAUAUACACUGAAUGGCAGACAUGCUAAUUUUGCUAGUCAACGUGAACUUGUGGAAACAGAGGACGAUGAAUUCACAGUACCAAUACUUCCUAUGGGAUUAGCCGUUACCUGUGGUGUUCUUAACUUUAUUUUACCUGGAUUCGGGACUAUUAUAGCUGGACUAUGUGCUCCUUGUUGUGCGAGAUCUGAACUAGGAAUAAAAGAUUACAGUUGUGUGUCUGCUUGUGUUAUUAUAGGAGUAGGAUUUCUUCAACUUCUCUUGACAGCUUGCUUUCUGAUAGGUUGGGUAUGGAGUGCAAUAUGGGGAAUAGCAUUGAUAGGAACAGCAUCUGAUUUUUCAAAUUACAAUCCGUUAGAUCCAGAAUCAACAUACUGGCGUAAUAGACCGUCAUCAAACCGAUCCCGGCGAAGUAUCAGGCCUCGAUCAAACUUCAUCUAUCCUAUGAGAGCACCAUCAAACGUGGACUAUAAUAGUCCUCCUCCUCCAUACCAAAUGUUCGGAACACCCCCACCUCGUUACGCAUCUAGACCUUCAUCCGAAAGAUACAGAAGUACUACAGCAUCACCAUUAACAACAAGACGGCUAAAUGAGGUGUCAUCUGCAAGAACUGUAAGUUUGAAAUAAACUUAACAUGAAUAGGCCUCUUAUAAGGUAUUUUUUAUGAUUAUUGUGUUUUAGUUAAUUGAAUCGAAGAAACACAAACCUUUUAACCUUCUAUCUAUCCGGUUGAAUUUAAAUGUGGUUAUUUUUAUGCCCCACUUAGGGGCAUUAUGUUUUUCGGUCUGUGCGUCCGUUCGUCCGUCCGUCCGUCUGUCCCGCUUCAGAUUAACGUUUUUGGUCAAGGUCGUUUUUGAUGAAGUUGAAGUCCAAUCAACUUGAAACUAAGUACACAUGUUCCCUAUGAUAUGAUCUUUCUUAAUUUUAAUGCCAAAUUAGAGUUUUGACCCCAAUUUCACGGUCCACUGAACAUAGAAAAUGAUAGUGCGAGUGGGGCAUCCGUGUACUAUGGACACAUUCUUGUUUUUUAUUCUUUUUAAAUAUAAUUAUAAUAACAGAAACCGCAGAAAAAUUUAGACAACACACCAACAAUUUGCCCAUGGCCAAGUAAAAUCGAUUGCCAAAUUGAUUUUUUGGCUGUGGUUAAGUAAGCAGCACAUAUUUGUCUACAUAUAUUGAAGUGGGAGAGAUAACAUGAAACAAGUUGCAAUAUGAAUAUAUCGAUUCCCAGAUUCUGAAUUUUGGGUGGAAUGGAGAAAAACGACCUUUUUUUAUUACUUCCACCGGAAAAAAGCACGGUGUAUUAUAUGGACUGUGGUAGAUGGUAACUUAACACUUCUUCGUAUUUUUAUAUGUAUCGUAUGGUCUUAUAAUCGCGAAUAGAAACAGUCUCUUAGCGACAUUUCUUUAACAUUGCUACCAUCGUGUGGAUGUGGUUUACAGAAUAUACAAUAAUAGGCCAAAAAAUAAAUAAUAGCAACAGUCUCUUAGCGAUAUUUCUGUAACAUUGCUACCAUCGUGUGGAUGGGGUUUACAGAAUAGACAAUAAUAUACCAAAAAAUAAAGAAUAGAAACAGUCUCUUACCGAUAUUUCUGUAGCAUUGCUACCAUUGUGUGGAUGGGGUUUACAGAAUAGACAAUAAUAGGCCAAAAAAUAAAGAAUAGAAACAAAUGUCAAACAAACAAAACUAGAGAAUAAAGGGUGCAAAAGUAUGAAGACUAGAGAAUAAAGGGUGCAAAAGUAUAAAGACUAGAGAAUAAUAGGCAAAAGUAUAAAGACUAGAGAAUAAAGGGAGCAAAAGUAUAAAGACUAGAGAAUAAAGGGUGCAAAAGUAUAAAGACUAGAGAAUAAAGGGUGCAAAAGUAUAAAGACUAGAGAAUAAAGGGAGCAAAAGUAUAAAGACUAGAGAAUAAAGGUGCAAAAGUAUAAAGACUAGAGAAUAAAGGGUGCAAAAGUAUAAAGACUAGAGAAUAAAGGGUGCAAAAGUAUAAAGACUAGAGAAUAAUAGGCAAAAGUAUAAAGACUAGAGAAUAAAGGGUGCAAAAGUAUAAAGACUAGAGAAUAAAGGGUGCAAAAGUAUAAAGACUAAAGAAUAAAGGGUGCAAAAGUAUAAAGACUAGAGAAUAAAGGUGCAAAAGUAUAAAGACUAGAGAAUAAAGGGUGCAAAAGUAUAAAGACUAGAGAAUAAAGGGUGCAAAAGUAUAAAGACUAGAGAAUAAUAGGCAAAAGUAUAAAGACUAGAGAAUAAAGGGUGCAAAAGUAUAAAGACUAGAGAAUAAAGGGUGCAAAAGUAUAAAGACUAGAGAAUAAAGGGUGCAAAAGUAUAAAGACUAGAGAAUAAAGGGAGCAAAAGUAUAAAGACUAGAGAAUAAAGGGUGCAAAAGUAUAAAGACUAGAGAAUAAAGGGUGCAAAAGUAUAAAGACUAGAGAAUAAAGGGUGCAAAAGUAUAAAGACUAGAGAAUAAAGGGUGCAAAAGUAUAAAGACUAGAGAAUAAUAGGCAAAAGUAUAAAGACUAGAGAAUAAAGGGUGCAAAAGUAUAAAGACUAGAGAAUAAAGGGUGCAAAAGUAUAAAGACUAGAGAAUAAAGGGAGCAAAAGUAUAAAGACUAGAGAAUAAAGGGUGCAAAAGUAUAAAGACUAGAGAAUAAAGGGUGCAAAAGUAUAAAGACUAGAGAAUAAAGGGUGCAAAAGUAUAAAGACUAGAGAAUAAAGGGUGCAAAAGUAUAAAGACUAGAGAAUAAAGGGAGCAAAAGUAUAAAGACUAGAGAAUAAUAGGCAAAAGUAUAAAGACUAGAGAAUAAAGGGUGCAAAAGUAUAAAGACUAGAGAAUAAAGGGUGCAAAAGUAUAAAGACUAGAGAAUAAAGGGUGCAAAAGUAUAAAGACUAGAGAAUAAAGGGUGUAAAAGUAUAAAGACUAGAGAAUAAUAGGCAAAAGUAUAAAGACUAGAGAAUAAAGGGUGCAAAAGUAUAAAGACUAGAGAAUAAUAGGCAAAAGUAUAAAGACUAGAGAAUAAAGGGUGCAAAAGUAUAAAGACUUGAGAAUAAUAGGCAAAAGUAUAAAGACUAGAGAAUAAAGGGUGCAAAAGUAUAAAAACUAGAGAAUAAUAGGCAAAAAAAUAAAGAAGAGAGAAAAAUGACCUAACAUUUAAAGAAUACAGAAAGGAACGACUCCCAACCAGACCCACUCUUGAAUGUGUACUAUUAAUUUAUUAGUAGUUAUAACUGCCAUACCAUCGUGAGAUAGAAUGCUCAAAACUUUUUCCAAUAGCCUAUACCCUUGCUGUUUGAGGAUAUAUAAAUUUUCCUUGUUUUAGUUCGAAGAGAUUAUCGGGCUGAAAGUACUUGCUUUAUAUGGAAUUUGUUCGGGUAACAGCAUACUUUACACAUAUGCUAUUGAUAUCAACUGCAUCUUUAACAUCUUGGACUGAUGUAAAUGUAUAUGGCCAAUUAACCUUGUUUAAAAGUAGCGUUUCUGUUGGUUCAAGGUUACAGUACUAUGUGAAAUAAGCCAAAUAAAAAAAAACCCAUUUCAUAACCGUUUUGUCAUACGUGUGUGACAUUACAGAUAAAAUAUGCUCUAAAUUUUCUAAAUUUCCCACGCUUCUGCAUAAUGAGAAACCGCAAAUAGAAAAUACAUUUCUAAAAUGAUUGAAAAUGGCGAGUAAAGGAUAACCUUAUAGAAACAAUUCAUAUGCUUAAAGGCUAUAAAAGGAAUGCAUUGCUAUGGUAUGAGUGCAUGUUAUAUGUAAAAAUAAGAAGACGUGGUAUAAUUGCCAAUGAAACAACUCUCCACCAGAGACCAAAUGACAUAGAAAUUAACAACUAUAGGUCACCGUACGGCCUUCAACAACGAGCGAGACCUAUAUAUAAAUGGUUUGAAACACAAGUCCUAGAAUAAUUCAGACAGACAAAACAUGUAUAUAUUGGAGGUAACAUGUAACUGUAAACAUUCUUGUCCUCUGGUGGAUAGUUGUCCCAUUGGCAACCAUACCUCGUCUCCUUAUUUUUAUAUACCAUAUGUAAUGUUGAUAUCACAUAAGAUUGUUUAAUAUACCCGUCUUAUUCCCAAUAACCGGACUUACCAUUACAUAGGAGAUUUUGGCAUCCUAAAAAGAAAAGAAAAAACAACUGAUAACUUGAAAGGAUCGCAGUGAUUUUUUUUGUUGAUUUUUUAUAAGUUAUGACAACAUAACUUUCGUCAAACUGAAUCAGAUUGUAGUUUUGAUGUUUUGAACUCCCGAACUGACUUAAAUGUUUGUUUUUAAUAGAUGACAACGACACAAAUAAUGGAAGAUUCUAGUGAAGUUAUGUCUUGGGAUUGUCCCCAGUGCAAUAGAGUAUAUGAGGCUGAUAUUCGUAAACAUCUUUGUCGGCGUUGUUCAAGAGAUGUUUGUGGAAGGUGUUAUACUAAGGUAUUGAGAACUCGUGCUGAAGACAGAGUAACCGUGUGUGAUAAAUGUUUUACAGAAAUCUCACAGGAUCCAAGGAUGCAAAGAAUCUGAAAAAUUGAGAAACUAACAUUUCAGUACUGCUGCUAGUCAGCGUUAAUCAAAAUAAGAAACUAAUUCUAAAAUAAUAGCAAUGAAUUUAAGAAUAGUAUUUAAACUGUCUAGUCCGCUGGUUCGGAUGUUCAUGUGCAGUCGCAGUUCUUUUUAUCAACUAUAUUACCUUAUAAAAUAAAUAAAUAUUAUUUGUUUGAAAA